ACUAGGGAGGCGUGGCCAGAACAGAAUCCGAUGACGUAUGAGGACGGUAGACGUAAGGAGGUCGGGCCCUGGCCAUCAGCAGCGCGCGCGACUUGAAAAAUGGAAAACGAGACGGCUCCAACGGCUUCCAGCCCAACCUCUUCCCCAUCACAGGCCUCUGGAGCUGGAGCCGAGUGCGGCCCGACCCACCCUGGCUCGCAAGUGCCUUUCCCGGAGGUGGAGGCGGUGGCCUCUGGUUGGAUACUGGACUUCGCCUGCCGCUGUCUGUGCCGUCAUUUCUGUGAGAACAACCGCCGGGACUUCGAGAGGAGCCGAGACCUGGCGUUGACUAUUAUCAAAGGAUUACGCAAAACAGAAACACAUCAAGUGAAGACAGUGUGCCUUUGUCAGCUUUUGGCAUAUGUUGCAGAAGGCAAAUCGCUUGAUUGUUGUUUCGAGGAUGACCAAAGGACUUCACCACUGGAAAAAGCAUUAUCUGUUUGGAUUUCACUUCAAAAAGUGCAAAACAAGCAAGAUCGACUGCAUGAAGACAUUAAGCGCUUAAUUCAGAUUCAGGCUGUAGCAGUGCAUAUGGAAAAAGGAUAUUUUAAAGAAGCUACAGAAGUCCUAGAAAGACUGUUUCCAGAACCUUUCUCAAAUGAGCCUUGGCAAAUGAAGCUGGCUGCAGUAACGAAGCAGAAAGAUCCCUAUCAUCAAUUUCUCCAGCGUUUCAGUUUCAGUCUUAUGACAGAGAAAAUCAAAUCUUACAUCAAUACAUUUUUGAAUGAAGACUCUAAUAAUUUUCUUAUGCAGGAAGCUAGAAAAGAGGUGGAGACUAAAAGAUCAGGACAAAUAAUGGUACACACGCAAUAUGAUGGCAUAAUUGAAACAAACAAAGAGAACUACUUAGGAAGCGCACACAGAUAUGACCAAGAAGAGUCUGGUUCCUUAUCCAGUCAAGCAUUUUGGAAUUCUGGACAGAUUUCUAAGGAAGCCAAAACACAAAGCAAAACGAAUACUCUUCAAAUUAAGGGAGAUCUUCAGAAUACUGAAAACGGCCAGCACCGUAACAAAUCUCUGCCAGCUGGUCAGAAGAAACAGCGAUGGCGUUGGGAAGACGAUCAGAAACUAAGAGAUGGUGUGCGAAAGUUUGGAGUGGGAAACUGGACUCAAAUUCUUCAACAUUAUGACUUCACUCAUCGAACUAAUGUAAUGCUGAAAGAUCGAUGGAGAACUAUGGAAAGGUUAGGGAUCAACUAGCUGUCUGUCCCAAACUCUUCACCUGUUAAGAGUCUGUGAAGAAGUAUUGUAUUUCUGAUUUAACCACUUGAUCAGGGAACUUAAGUGGUUUAGAAAAACAGUGAAGCAUUUGUUUAAUUAUGAUCAACUGAUAAAGCCUUUAGCAUUUCUUCUUAGAGUCUUCUCUUUCCCCCCUCUAUAUGCAUCUAAGUUGGUUCUCAAAUCUGUUAGUCACAUCAAGAAAGCUUACAGAUGAAUAAGCUUAGGUCACAUAGCCCAAAAAAGACUUAUUUUAAAAGCAGUCAUUCUCUUCUGACAGCUUGAGCUUGGUAACAGGCAUGAGCCUUUAUCUCCUGCAUGACUGCAUAAAUAUUGAUACUAAGCUAAUUAUGCUUAAAACAUCUAAGCACAAGUUCUAUUUAACUCAAUGGAUUUGACAAAGCAAACUGCUACACAAUCUUUUAUGGCCUUUUGCAUUGUUGCCCAUAUGGAGAACAUGGGCAGUGAAUCAUUUUGGCCUACAAUUAUCCAUGCUAACUGGUCAAAUAUGUCAUUCUUACUAAAUAUAUCAAGCCAUCACUUUACAAGGUGCUUUUUAAACAUAUUUAGUAGAGGAACAGUAAUUGCUGCUAUUCAUCCCAGCAAAGUGCCCUCCCAGUAGCUGCUGCCUCCCUUGUUUUGUUUUUAGAUUGGGAGCCUCUUUGGAACACAGAAACAUCUUAUUCUUUUUACCUAUGCAAAAUGCUUUCAGAGCUUUUGUUGAAAAGUGGUUUACUGUUUAAACAUUCUUCAUAAUGUUAAUGUUAUUUGACCAUAAUAUUAUGUUUCUGGACAGAGUUUUGGGAAUCUGUCUUAAAUCUCAAAAGAAUUACUGACAUAUGUUUGGUUGCCUACUGUCCCACUGACUAUGGAGGCCUCUACCUUAUGUGCAUUUCCUGGUCUCCACUGAAAUGAAGAACAGGGAUUGUAUGUAUGCUGGUAACAGUUAACAGAUAUACAAAAGUGUGCUGCUUCUUAAUGGGAAAGCUAUCAACGUCAAAGUUCUCCUGUGAAUGGCCAGGUUAACUUUCUUCUGUUAAGUGCAUGGUGUCAGCUAAGCAUCUGCAAAGAACUAGCAGAGCUAUACUGUGGCAGUAUAUCUGUAAAAAGAUUUUUGUUUCUUUAAUUGUAUAAGUUUUAAGAAACUUUGUAUAAUAAAUUUUAAUUUUAAUAAUCAA